GUUACUAUUUUUGACGUUCGCAUUGUUUCUGUUGUGAUUCAUAAGGAAAGUAAAAAUUGUGUAAAUUUUAUUUUUUUAAUUGUUCAGUCGUAUAAAAUCAAAUAAUAACAAGAUAAUGGAAACUAAUAACACUGCAGCUGAAAAACUAGCUGAGCGAAAGGAGCGUUUACGAAAUUUGCAUAAAUUACGUCAAAAUGCCCGUACAGAAAAUCAUCAAGAAGUCGUAGCUGAGGAUGCUCGUAAAAAAUUGCCAAAUAAUUGGGAAGCGCGAAAACGUCAAGCGGAUUGGAUAAUAGCUGAUGAAAAAGCUCGUACUGAAGCGAAAGCUGCAGGAAAGGACUAUGAACGUUUAAAAUUAUUAGAAGUGUCUGCAGUUGAUGCAGAACGCAUCGAAAAGAAAAAAAGGAAGAAAAACCCAGAUUUGGGGUUUUCCACGUACGAAGCACAAACAGCGCGGCAACAUAGUCGAUUAGUUAAAAAUAUGCCUCCGCGUGAUAUGGGAAAAUAUGAAAAACAAAAGGCUGAAUUAGGUGAUGCAUUCUAUGGUGGUCCAAACACAGUUUUGCAUGGUUUGACCAAAGACACACCUGCCGCAAUCAAUAAUAUGGUCAAAGAUUUAGAACAACAAAUUGAACGAAGAAAGAAAUACUCCAGACGACGUAUUUAUAAUGAUGAUGCCGACGUUGACUUUAUUAAUGAACGUAACUCUAAAUUUAACAAGAAACUCGAACGUUUCUAUGGUGAGCACACUGCAGAAAUCAAACAAAAUUUGGAGCGUGGCACGGCCAUUUAAUUUAAAAGUGAUAAUCUAAUUAUGUUGAUGUAAA